GUACUGUUUCCACGGAUAUAAAGCCGGAGUUGAUGUUGAGAACCGAACACCACAAUCUCACUCUCACAUUCUCUCAUUUUUCUCUCCGGUUCUCUCUCUAGGGUUUAAUUCAUCGAGGAAUCGAUUUUUUUUUUUUUUUUUCCCCGGAUGUUCCGACCGUUUCUCGAAUGUUCUCAUCAAAAUUUUUCACUUUGCGGAGCCUGAAAAGGGCUUCGAAUCGGUUUCAGCUCUUACUAUGAUAUCUGUGAUGAACAACGAGUGCGAAUUCGCUACAAAAUCCGAUGCGAUUGAAGAGCCUCCCACAACUACUAGGGUUUCGGAGGAUGCCGUUGAUCGUUCCGGUAGAGGCACCGAUGGUGAAGGUGUUGGUGGAGGAGGGAGCUGUAUGAAUUUCGGGGUUUCGGAUAGAAUUGGGGGUUCUCCCGAGCGCCGGUUGGGUGCUGUGGAGAGCGAGGGCAAUGUUAGGGUUUCUGAGGAUGAGGUUAGUGGUGGUGUUGAGUUUGAGAAUGGGCGAUCAGAUGGGGUUAGAGCUUCUUUGGAGGAUGAUUCCGGGGGUGUAGAUAGGGAAAUUGAAUCUAGGGUUUCUUCGGAUAGUGGCUGUAGAAAAAUAGUUGAUCAGGAAAUGCGAACUGAGGUUUCUGAAAUUAAGGAUGGAGAGGGGGCUCCGAGAGAGGGUGUGGAUCAGUUUGAUAGUCGAAGUGAUAGGAAGGAGGGUGCGCUGCCCAGGGUUGAUGCGCAUGAGUUGGAGGGGGGCAGUGUUUCCCAAUAUGAGUCCUUGUUAUCCAAGUUUGAUGAUUAUGUUGCAAACGGAAUGGGUGGGGCUUAUGGCAUGGGGACGUCAAGGGCGUCGAGCCAUGCGCUUGAAGUGGGGGAAAUGGUAUGGGGAAAGGUGAAAUCCCAUCCAUGGUGGCCCGGACAUAUUUUCAAUGAAGCUCUUGCAGAUCCCUUGGUGAGGCGAACAAAGAGGGAAGGUCAUGUGUUGGUCGCAUUCUUUGGAGAUAGUAGUUAUGGGUGGUUUCUUCCGGAUGAGCUCGUCCCGUUUGAUACAAAUUUUGCAGAGAAAUCGAGGCAGACUACUGCAAAAACGUUUUUGAAGGCAGUUGAAGAGGCAGUGGACGAGGUGGGUAGAAGGUGUGGCCUUCGGGUAGUCUGUCAAUGUAGAAACCCAUAUACUUUCAGGCCAAAAAGGGUGCCAGGGUACUUUGAAGUUGAUGUGCCUGAUUAUGAGACUGGAGGGAUUUAUUCAGCAGAUCAAAUCAGUAAUGCACGAGAGAGUUUUCAGCCAGAAGAUACACUUUCUUUUGUAAAGCAAUUGGCAUUGGCGCCCCGUGAUAGUGAUCAAAAAAACAUCAGGUGGAUCAAGAAUAAAGCUACCGUUUAUGCUUAUCGGAGGGCAAUUUAUGAGGAGUACGAUGAAACCUAUGCUCAGGCAUUCGGUGUGCAGACAUCACGCCCUUCUCAUGCGCAAUUGAAUGCAAACCGGCAUCUCUAUAAAGAGCCUCCUCGAGCUCCAUUGAGUGGUCCUCUGGUAAUUGCGGAAGCUCUAGGCAGUCGAAAAGGCUCAACCAAGAAUUUGAAAGGAAAGAUGAAAAAGGAGCGUUAUCUAUUUAAGAGGAGAGAAGAGCCUGUUGACUUCAGACCCCAUCAAUUUAACAAGGGCCAGGCCAGUUCAUCAAGUAGUCUGGGACAGACAAGUGCAACUAUAAGCCCGGGUCAGGCAACUGCAUCAAUCAACCAAGGACAAGCUUCCUCCUCAUCAACUUGUGAGGAGGGGCCAUCUACAUUUGCAACUGGAGAUUAUGUGUUUCAAAAGAGAGCUCCCUCUGCAUCUUCUCAGGUGAAUGCAACUAAGGUUGAAUCCCCUGCUGAUUUUGGUGUUACACACAUGGAUCAGGCUCUGGCCCACAGUACUCAUGAUAAGAAGGAUGCUAUUUGGGAAUCAAAAGACACAAUUGUGUCAGAUGUAGCUGCUGGCCCUGCAAACAUGGGUGGGUCAGACAUGGUGAGGAGAGGGGUAUUCUCAGAGGAAAUAGAUGUUGUACCUCCUCCUCUGCAACAAGACAGAUAUCAAGGUCAGAUUGCUCGUAGUGAACUGCCAUCUCCAGUUGAUGCAAAGAUUCCUGUUCAGAAUACAAGGAUAGGUACUGAUGGCAAGGUGAAGAAGGCCAAGGCUCUGAAGCGGUCAAUGGGGGAUUUGGCCUCUGAUAGUUCCAGCCAGGGGGAGAAAAAGAAGAAAAGGAAAAAGGAGUCUCUCAUGGAAACAAGUGCUGGUCAUCCUCUGAAGCCUAUGCCCACUGGAAAAGGUGGAUCAGCGGUGGCAAAAUUAGCAGCACAACCUGUGCAGAUAGGUUCAAUGCCAAGGGAUUCUCGAUUUGACCAUCAGACAAAAGAGGAAGGGACCAGUGCUUCCUUAUCCAGUUCUGGAGCGACUAUGGCAAUGGAUGGGUUGGAUGAUAUUGAGCUCAAAGUUCCAGAAUUACUGAGUGAUUUGCGAGAUCUUGCCCUUAAUCCCUACCAUGGUAGGGAGAGGAAUAGGCCUCAAAUUGUGAUGAAAUUCUUCUUGGCAUUCCGUUCUCUCAAGUAUGAGAAAAGCUUAUCUCUAUCUCCUCCAGCUGAGAAUGAGCCUGUUGAAGGGAAUGCCCCACAAUCUUCCCCCAGUAUUGGGGCUUCUGAGAACCUUCCGAGUGAGAAUGUUAGGGUUUUGCCAUCUGUAAAGCUACAAAAACCUCCAGUCCGGCCCAAUGAUCCAUCAAAAACUGGUAGGAAACGUGCCCCCUCUGAUCGUCAAGAAGGAAAUGCUUUGAAGAAGUUGAAGAAAAUCAACGAUCUGAAAUCACUGGCUGCAGAAAAGAAGGCCAGUCAGAAGACUCUGGAAACUCCACGAGGAGAUGGAAAAGAAACAGUGGCUGCCCUAGCUCCCGCCCCACCUAAGCCAGUCAGACAGGAGCUCAAGCCAGUGAAGCAGGAUCCUAAGGUGGUCAAACAGGAUGCUAAACCAUUCAAACUGGAUCCUGCCAAGAAGACAGAGCCUUCAGCUAGGGUGGAAGAACCCACUAUGCUGCUGAUGAAAUUCCCACCGAGAACAUCUCUGCCAUCUAUUGCGGAGCUGAAGGCAAGAUUUGUUCGAUUUGGGCCAUUGGACCACUCAAGCACCCGGGUUUUCUGGAAGUCGUUGACAUGCCGAGUGGUGUUCCGAUACAAGCAUGAUGCUGAAGCAGCGCAUAGAUAUGCUGUUAAAAAUAAUUCAUUAUUUGGCAACGUGAGUGUAAAGUACACUCUGAGGGAAUUGGAAGUAGUUGCACCGGAGCUUCCUGACUCUGGCAAGGGCAGAGGAGAAGACACCUCCAGUGAAACCCCACAGCCCAGGGAUGCAGCAGCAGAACAAAGGGUGGCACCAACCUUUGUGCAUGGCCAAGCACAGCAGCAGCAGCAACAGCAGCAGCCAGUGGUUCAGCUGAAGUCCUGUCUGAAGAAACCGUCAAGCGAUGAAGGGGGCACAGGAAGUGGUGGUAGGGGGACAUCACGUGUAAAAUUCUUGUUGGGGACAGGGGAAGAAGGGCAUAGGGGAGAGCAAACGAUGGUUGCUAAUAGAAACUUCAACAACCAUGCUACUAGUAUUGCUGAUGCUGGUUCUACUUCUGUUGCAGCACUGGAAUUUAAUUCUAAAAACUUUCAAAAGGUCAUUUCUCCACCUCCUUUUUAUCCUCCUCCUCCCUCUCUACUGCCUCAAUUUUCAAGACCCCCACAUGAUAUUCAUCACACAGAAGUAGGGAUAAGACAUGGUUACAACAACAAUAACACCCUUACAGCUCCACCUCCUGCCAACAACGUUCCUACCCACCUGCCACCUUUUCCAAACACCACCGCUGCUGCCCCUCCUCCUGCCAACCCCGGCUUUAACCACAAGAUGCUCAGCCUUAUGAACAGGGCCGAGGAUAUAGUAACCAGAGUGAAGAACUACUAUGGGUAUAUGCCUUACCACCCUUUAUGAGAAACCCUGCACAGAACCCGGCCAAAUGUUUUUUGAGUUACAUGGACAAAGGAGUAUUCGGUGCUUUUGGUAUAUAUAGCAUGAUAAAUAGCUGGAAUGCAGACAUCGAACCACAAAAAAAGCAAGUGCCAUGGGCGGAGUCCGAGGUCCCAUUGGGUGGCCUUAAGGACGGGAUGAGAAGAGGCCAGGCGCGGCCUGGCGUGGCCAGUGAAAAAACAAAAAAAUUCAAUAAGUUAGGUUCAAUAUUUGUGUAGUUUACAGCAAAAUGUACCAGACGUUUGUAGCUUUUUAUUUCUUGAAUUUUCUUGACCUUUUUGUGGGGUUGGGCCAAAGUUAACAGCCGUGCGCUGUGCCCUCCAAAUUCUGCUUUAGAUUUGAUGCUUUUAGUCUUGAAAUUUUGUUUAAAUAUUUGGUAUGUUUGAUUCUGCCCUCUCCAACUCCAUUGCCUAAUAAGGCCUAGUGCUGCACCAACUCAAACUAUAUAAUUAAACUCGA